AGGCAUCCCUAGCAAGCGGCAGAGCAGAGCAACUCACAGCGACGGCAGAGCACAGGCGUCCGUAGCGUCAAUACGGGCAUCAAUUGACAAUAAUGGCGCGCCCGCGACGGCGCCUGUUGGCAGGCGGCGUCGCCGCCGCUUUCCUCACCGUCGCCUCCGCCUUGCAGCCAGCACUGCGGGUGAGGACGCCGGCCCUCGCGCGCGCGACGCGACCAAGCGUCGCGCGCGCAUACUCAGGAAUAACCGCGCUGCGCGCAACAGAGGGAGACGACGACACGGCCGUCGCCGACGAGGAGGCCGCGUCGGACGAGGCCGAUGAGGCCGUCGCCGAGGAGGAGGAAACUGUCGACGAAGAGGAGGAGGAAGAGGAGGGGGAGGACCCGAACGCCGAAGUUAAAGCGGAAAUAGCCCAGCUCGAGGCCCAGCUCAAGGAGAAGCGCUUGGAAUUAAGUAGGGCGAACGGCGCCGCCGCCGAAGCCUCUGAAGCGGGCUAUUAUAGAAUAGUGGCCGACGUCAGCACCUACAAGAAGAACGCCGCGAAGCAGCAGGAAAGUGUCGCCGAGGUGGCCAAGGCCGACGCGUUUAGAAUUUUUGACAAGGUUCUGUUGGCGUUCGAGGAGGCCCGAAGUGAACCCCCGAGCGACGACGACGAGGCCAAGGUCCAUUCGGACUUCGAGCUCAUUUCCUCGGGCUUGCUGGAGCAGUUCAAGCUCCUGGGGCUGGAAGAAUUUGAAGCGAGUGCGGGCGACGCGUACGAGCCGUGGCGCCAUGAAGCGGUCGAGUCGAGGCCUUCCGAGAAGGAGGCCGCCGAGGUGGCCGAAUGUUUGACGGGGGGUUAUCGGCUGACGUCGACGGGGGCCGUCGUGCGCAAGGCGAAAUGCGUGGUCGACCUGGCCAAGGAGAAAGCCGAGGAGGACGAGGAGGAGUCUGAAGAGGAGUCGGAGGAGUCGGAGGCGGAGGACGCGUAGUAGAGUCCUAAUAAAUUUAAUACACGACUAGGAGCGACGACUCGGAUAGAUCGA